AUGUUGAAGGACUACAUUUCAAAAGUUGUUGAAAUCAGAUACAAUUAUUGGAUUGGACUUGUGGAGCGAGAGAGCGAGGGACACUGGAGCUGGGUGGAUGGAACGGACAUCAACUCAACCCCAACUUUCUGGGAUAAAGGUCAGCCUGAUGACUGGGACUUCAGAGAGAACGGAGUGGACUGUGGGCAGAUUCACGCUUCUGUGAGACGCAAACGCAAGAUGUGGAACGACGCAGACUGCAGCCUGACAUAUCAAUAUAUCUGUGAGAGCAGAGUGUGAGAGGUUCCUCCUUUCAAAGGAGAACGUUUGAAACAUGGGGGGGAGUUGCAAGAGGGAGUAGGUUGUGGUUGUAAUUUGUUUGAUCCCGUCAAUUUGUGUCUUUCCAUGUAUUUUAUUUGUUUGCAAUUGAUGACCACGAUGGAAAUUAAUGUUUUUAGUAAUGAUGUAAAGAGACAUCCUCUAUAGAAUUUAUAUCUCAAUGCCUAAUAAAAAUCAAAUCAAAAACGA